CCGAAAAGAGAAAAACAAAAAAAAGCAAUUGGUGGGCGGAAGCGUAGCUACUGUCCCAUGUGAAUUUGCUGCUGGAAGUUUGUAGAAUAGUUUAAGUAAAUAAAUAAAACGUCAACAACCAAAACAAACCAAUAGCUAUCAACCAUCAACUACCACAUCGCCACUCUCUCUCUCUCUCUCUCUCUCUCUCUCUCUCUCUCUCUCUCUCUCCCUUCGAAUUCAGCGCCUUCUCUCGAUACAUUCUCACACCCUCGUCUCAAUCUUCAAGACCCUCUCUUUUUCUCUGUAAAGUUUCUUCCUGUUCAGAGACUGAUUUCUGUCAACCUUGAGAAUGGGAAAGAGGCUUGUGAUGGUGCCGGCCAAGGAUGUGGAUUUGUCUACUGUCAAGUAUAAGCCUGAGGUUAUCCAAGCUCCACAUUUGACAGGAUUGGGAUUUAAGUUGUUUGUAAAGUUAGUUGAGGCUCCAGUUAUAGGUUCUCUUAUUAUGUCUUACUUAAAGAAGCAGAACAAGAUGGAUGAGAUGUUGCGGAACACUCUGAUACCAGAAGCACCAAUGUUCAAACCUGAAUUCCCUCCUCAAGAACCAGAAGCUGGUGUUGUUAUUGUGGAUGAAGAUGGAAAACCAGAGGAUCGGGUUGAAUCUGCACUGAAGUGUCUUCCUCAUUAUGAUCCUGCUAUCUGCUGGAAUGGGGACUCAGCUCCAUCAUUCAGAUACUGGAAGAUACGUGAUUAUGCAUACGCCUAUCGAUCUAAGCUUGUAACUCCAUCUAUGGUUGCAGAGCACAUAAUCGCAGUUAUAGAGGAGUUUCAAAAGAAGAAUCCAACAGCACCAUUGUUGAUUUCUUUUGACAAGGAAGAAGUCAGAAAGCAAGCUGCAGCUUCCACACAAAGGCUUGAGGAAGGAAAUCCAAUAUCUAUAUUGGAUGGAAUUUUCAUGGCAAUCAAGGAUGACAUAGAUUGCUAUCCCCAUCCAUCUAAAGGUGCCACUACAUGGAUGCAUGAGGUUCGUUCUGUUAACAGUGAUGCAGUUUGUGUUUCUAGACUGCGCAGCUGUGGUGUGAUAUUUGUAGGGAAGGCAAAUAUGCAUGAAUUAGGCAUGGGCACAACUGGAAAUAAUCCAAAUUAUGGAACGACAAGAAAUCCUCAUGCAGUUGGAAGGUACACAGGUGGAUCUUCCUCAGGCCCAGCAGCAAUUGUAGCUUCUGGAAUAUGCUCAGCUGCCUUAGGAACUGAUGGUGGAGGUUCAGUCCGUAUACCCUCUUCGCUUUGCGGUGUUGUGGGCUUCAAAACAACAUAUGGACGCACAGAUAUGGGAGGUUCAAUAUGCGAUUCUGGUACUGUGGAAAUUAUUGGACCAAUUGCAUCUUCAGUGGAGGAUGUCAUGCUAGUGUACGCUGCAAUGUUGGGCUCCUCUCCAGCAGAUAGAAUCUGUCUGCACCCGUCUCCCCCGUGUUUGCCUAAUUUAUCAUCACAUGGGAAUACAAAUAUUUUAGGAUCAUUGCGACUGGGAAAGUAUACAGCGUGGUUCAAUGAUGUGCACACAACUGACAUCUCUGAUAAGUGUGAGGAUAUUCUUAACCUUUUAUCAAAAACACAUGGUUGUGAGAUGGUAGAGAUUGUUGUACCUGAGCUUGACGAGAUGCGCAUUGCUCAUAUUGUUUCAAUUGGAUCUGAAACACAAUGCUCAUUAAACCAUGAUAUUGAGGAUGGGAAAGGUGAGAGAUUGACAUAUGAUACCCGUACCAGUGUUGCACUAUUUCGAACAUUCACUGCAGCAGACUAUGUUGCUGCACAGUGUUUCAGGCGAAGGUUAAUGUACCAUCACAUGGAGAUUUUUAAAAAGGUUGAUGUCAUAGUGACCCCAACAACUGGCAUGACAGCACCCAAAAUACCUCCUAGUGCUCUUAAGUAUGGGGAGACUGAUAUUCAGGUUACAGCCUAUCUUAUGCGCUUCGUUAUCGCAGCAAAUCUGCUCGGUUUUCCUGCCAUUUCUGUUCCUGUUGGUUAUGACAAACAGGGGCUUCCAAUAGGUUUGCAACUAAUUGGCCGUCCAUGGGCAGAAGCAACAAUUUUGCGUUUAGCUUCUGCAGUAGAGGAACUCUGUGGAGAGUCUAAGAAGCAGCCUGAAUCAUUUUAUGAUGUUCUCAAGGCAAAAUGAGGCCACAUAUCUCCUUUUUCUUUUCUUUUCUUUUCUUCCAGUGUGGCCUCGUCAGAAUAUUCCUCCGAGUAAUCUGGCAUAACUAUUGUUUCAAAAAGUCCACUUUAUCAGGGGUCAUAACUGAUUGUACUCAUUUUCAUCACUCCUGAGUUUGACAACCAGCAAACAUUUGUCUAUUCUAAGUAGCAAAGAUGUUAUAAGAUAGAUGUGGGAUUAACAUGAGACAUACAAGCUUGGAUUCAUGGUAUCUGAAAUAUUUAUAAAUUAAGCAA